CGAGAGAGGGGGAAAAAAGGGGGGAGUGGGAGUGACAGAGAAGCUCAAGAAGAGGAAGGAAAAGAAGGAAAAAAGGGUAGCCGCCCCUGGAGGAAAGGGGCCUCGUAGCGGGACGGAAGCCACCGAGAGAGGGGAGGCAAGGAAGAUUAGCAGCGGCGCUAUGGCUCAGUCGGCUGCUAACGGUGUGGACCAGGACCUGGCCAGCAAGAGGCUGCAUUCAAGGAUGGAGGCGUCCUGCCUGGAGUUGGCCUUGGAAGGAGAGCGGCUGUGCAAAGCUGGAGACUUUAAAGGUGGAACAGCAUUUUUUGAGGCAGCUGUGCAGGUCGGAACAGAAGACCUAAAGACCCUCAGUGCCAUCUACAGCCAGUUGGGCAAUGCCUACUUCUACCUCAAGGAGUAUGGCAAAGCCCUGGAAUACCACAAACAUGACCUUACUUUGGCCAGAACAAUAGGAGACAGAAUUGGAGAAGGAAAAGCCAGUGGAAACCUUGGUAAUACAUUAAAAGUGUUGGGACGGUUUGAUGAGGCCGUUGUGUGCUGUCAAAGACAUCUGGAUAUUUCUCAAGAGCAGGGCGACAAGGUUGGAGAGGCCAGAGCACUGUAUAACAUAGGGAACGUGUUUCAUGCGAAGGGAAAACAGCACUUAUGGGGCUGCACCCAGGAACCAGGGGACCUGCCUCCUGAUGUCAGAGACACACUACAAAGGGCUACCGGCUUUUAUGAGAUGAACUUGUGUUUGGUCAAAGAACUAGGUGACCGAGCUGCUCAGGGGAGGGCCUAUGGGAACCUGGGCAACACCCACUAUCUGCUGGGAAACUUUGUUGAAGCAAUAAAGUUUCACCGUCAGCGAUUAUCCAUAGCCAAAGAAUUUGGGGACAAAGCAGCAGAACGACGAGCCUACAGUAACCUGGGCAAUGCCCUGAUAUUCUUGGGUCAGUUCAACACAGCCACCGAGUAUUACAGGAAAACUUUGCAACUCUCACGGCAGCUGAGGGACCAGGUGAUGGAGGCUCAGGCCUGUUACAGCCUUGGGAACACCUACACUCUUUUGCAGCAGUAUGAGAGGGCCAUCGACUACCACCUGAAACACCUGUAUAUAGCCCAGGAGCUCACUGAUAGAGUUGGUGAGGGCCGUGCCUGCUGGAGUUUGGGAAAUGCAUACGUGUCUUUGGCGAACCACAAACAAGCUCUCCACUAUGCCCGCAAGCACCUGGACAUCUCAAAAGAAAUUGGAGACAGAAAUGGGGAACUGACAGCCAGAAUGAAUGUGGAGCAGCUGAUGGAGGCUCUGGGGGUGAAUGAGAGCGACCUGUCACCCUCCAGUUCGGAGUUUGAGAUGCAAGGUGCAAGACCUAAAUUCACCAAGAGAAACAGCAUGGACAGUGUGGAGCUGUGGAAGUACUCUUCAGAUAAGAAUGGUGAGAACCAAGAAUUGGAAAGUAUACCCAGGAGAUCCAAGAGUCAGCAAUCACAGCCAGGCAAAAGAAAAGGCUACCCUGACAGUCAGUCAUCAGAUGAGAGGCCGUGGUUGGACUCUCCGGUAGACACUGAUGACAUCACUGUACAAGUCCCGCCUCCAGUGCCAAAGCUGGGCCGUGAUCCCUCAGAUGAAGACUGCUUCUUUGACCUCCUCAGCAAGUUCCAGAGCAGCCGCAUGGAUGACCAGCGCUGCCAUCUUGAUGAUCCACAGAACGGAGACAACGGAGAAGGUGCUGCGAACUCCAUGCCAUCCCUGAACGAGAUGAUAGAUCCUUCAAUUACCACUUCCCCCCAAACUGAGGAGCUGUUCGAUUUGAUUGCCAGCUCUCAGAGCCGCCGUCUUGACGACCAGCGGGUCAAUGUUGGUAACCUUCCAGGCCUGAGGAUCACCCAUAACAAUCUGGGACACCUGGUGGGCGAGGGAGAUCAUCAAGAACCCAGUGAUGACUUCUUCAACAUGCUAAUUAAGUGCCAGUCCUCCAGGAUUGAUGAUCAGCGGUGCUCCCCACCAGAGGCAGGCCCCCACGCCCCUACAGUGCCUGACGAGGACUUCUUCAGCCUGAUCCAGAGGGUGCAGGCCAAGCGUAUGGACGAGCAGCGUGUCCAGCUGCCCACAGACGACCAGGACGACUCUGAAUCCCCUGAUUCAGAGCCGCCUGGUGGGUUCUCCAGCUAGGACUUGGUGGAGAAUGCUGCACAACUUCAUGUCAAAGAAAACAAAAUGGAAGAAGUGAAAGUAGCGUGCGAGCCAACAUUUAAAGACAGCACUGAAGGGUGAACUAACAAGAUUUUUAAUAACAAGACAAAUUUCAUGUGCAAUAGGUAGUGCCCUGUCAAAUGUUGCUCGAUGUAUUAUGUUCUAAAUGUGUGUAAAUAUAACAGGAAAACAAGCAGAAUUGAAGCUCAUUGGUGAGGGAGAAGAAGAAAAUAGGUUUUGGGGAACAGGAUGAACACAAACACGAAAUAUGUACUCAAUCUAAUGCCUUAAUCAGCAUUUUUUAGACUCAAGAUUGUAUUUCCUGGUGUCAAACGUGUUUUGUAGAAGCUCAAAGCACGGAACAUGGACAACCUACAGCAUGAGUCGUGGAAAUCAUAAAGAUCUGAUGAUAAAAACAGAGUUGAAAUGACAGAUUUGCACUGAAAUCUGAACCAGUUUUAUAAAAACAUGAAUUAUAAUGUCUAAACCAGCAGUUUUCAGGUCAGUAAUGAUCAAUGCUGCCGUUAUCGUUACAUUUUUGUGGUUCUCACCGCUCAUGGAGAAACUAUGUUAUUUGUGCAGUAACAGUAUUUGGGAUGUCCAUCCAGUGUUAAACAAACUGCUUUGGUCAGUUUAAACUUUUCCACUGAUUCAUUUUUUUUUGACUCAGACAAAAUAAUAUGAAUAAUUUAAAUUGACAAAUGUGCAUUUAUAAAAAAUGCAUCUCUAUGCAGUAAUCAUGGUUACUGCGCAAAUAGCUGCUUCUUUUAUAGGUUGGAAGAUUAGCGUGGGGUGAUUAUUCAAGCUCCAAUUAGUGUUUUCUGCUUAGCUUUAGAAGUAAUGCUGUCCGUUGCCCAUAAUGUUCUCAACAUCUGCUAACAGACUACUGCUUUCUGCCAUUAUUAUUAUUAUUAUUUUGUCUUAACAUAGAAAUAGACGCCAAUGGAUGAGAUGGAUGUGUUAUAUUUCGAGGAAUCUAAACUAAGAUGUGCUGCCUCCCUGUGGUCAAAACUUUGUAUUACCUCUGUGAAAUACAGAGUGAAGUCUGUUCCCACUUGUGAAUAUUUGUAUGUUUGUAGACUCUGACAACUUCCUUCUCAAAGGGAAAGUUUGCCAACUUUAAGCAUAAGUGGGGAGAUUUUUGCUAAUCAUUUCCGUUGGUGUGUGAUCAAAAUCAGGUAGAGCCCACUGUACAUUUUGAUCCAUUUGAUGCUAUGAAAACUCCAAGUUUGAAACAUUUUGCUGUACAGAGCAUCUGUUUAAUGGUACUGUACAAAAACAAUUUGACCUAACCUAUGGGCUUGCUAGUUCAUACCUCAUUUUUGUACCUCAAAGCUUCUGAACCUUCAAGAUGUUCUGAACCAUGAUGGAUCAUGUACCAAGUUCACAGCAGUUAUGUUUGAUUCAUCUAUCUUUGAUAAAAACAACACAUUUGGGAGAUAAAGUUAAUACUGUCUUUUCCUGUUUUUUGUGAAUUAACAUUUUUAGAAAGAACCUGGUACGCUUCUAUUUGCCAUAAUUUGUACAUAUAAAUAUAUUUUGUAUUUAUGUUCCAUUUGAGGACAUGAAUAUGUCCCCUCAUGCUUUUAAUAAAAUGUUUCAGAUGUUUUC